AGAAUACGUCCACACCUCUCGCGUCUGCCGGGGUACAGAUAGGCAAGUGGCAUAGGCGCGCAGACUUUGUCAUUUAUUUAUUUUUCUUUCCACUGGGUGCGCUGUCCCUUUAAAUGGGGGACGCUGGUGCUGGCUCCGUAACACCGGAGCCGGCAGCUUGUUGAUUUCAGAGCUGGUGAAUUUCACAUUGUUUCCACUUCACUUUCCUCGCCCGGGGAGGCUCGGGUUGGCUCUACCACCGCUACCGCCUUUGCCAGCGAGGGCCAGGGGAGGGCAGGGACCUGCAGCAUCUGGGCCGCCUUGGGGCCGCAGGAAAGGGUGUUGGGGCCACACACGCACUCUCGCUGCAGUCCAGCUCCUCCUGAAGCCCGGGCGCCCGAAGCGCACCCAGCCGGGACCGCCCGCCUAGACGCCCGCCCGCCAGCCCGCCCACGGGCCGGGGUCACAGCCAGGGAGCCGGCGAGGGGAGGAGGCCCACGGGGGACUGGGUGGGGGGGCGGGGGUGGGUGCUGCCGCAGCCGCGGAGCUGCUACUCGGCGCGUUUUGUAUGAAGAUGGCGGCUCCCACCGCCAGCAAGGCAGCCUCCCUGGGCUGUAACAACAAGCCUGCGUUCCCGGAGCUGGAUUUCAGGUCGGGAGCUCGGGUGGAGGAAUUGAACAAACUCAUCCAAGAAUUCACGAAGCACGACCAGCGGGAGUACGACGACCAGAGAGCACUGGAGAUUCACACAGCCAAGGAUUUCAUCUUUUCCAUGCUGGGGAUGGUGCAAAAGCUGGACCAAAAACUUCCAGUGGCCAAUGAAUACCUGUUGCUCUCUGGAGGAGUCCGGGAAGGUGUGGUAGACCUAGACUUAGAUGAGCUUAAUGUCUAUGCCCGAGGAACCGACUAUGAUAUGGACUUCACUCUUCUGGUGCCCGCCCUUAAGCUGCAUGACCGUAAUCAGCCUGUGACCCUGGAUAUGCGCCACUCAGCCUUGUGCCACUCUUGGCUGAGCCUUCGGCUCUUCGAUGAGGGGACGAUCAGUAAGUGGAAAGACUGCUGCACCAUUGUAGAUCACAUCAAUGGUGCCACCAACUACUUCUUCUCCCCAACCAAAGUGGCCGACUGGUUCUAUGACUCCAUCAGCAUUGUCCUCUCGGAGAUACAGAAGAAACCUCAGCGAGGGAUGCCAAAGGUGGAAAAGGUAGAAAAGAAUGGGACCAUCAUCUCCAUCAUUCUGGGUGUGGGGAGCAGUCGCAUGUUGUACGACAUUGUCCCGGUGGUGUCUUUCAAAGGUUGGCCUGCAGUGGCCCAGAGCUGGCUCAUGGAGAACCACUUUUGGGAUGGGAAGAUCACGGAAGAAGAGGUCAUCAGUGGGUUUUACUUGGUGCCUGCUUGCUCCUACAAGGGAAAGAAGGACAAUGAGUGGCGGCUGUCCUUUGCCAGGAGCGAGGUGCAGUUGAAGAAGUGCAUCUCCAGCAGCCUCAUGCAGGCCUACCAGGCUUGCAAAGCCAUCAUCAUUAAACUCCUGUCCCGGCCCAAGGCCAUCAGCCCCUAUCACCUGCGGAGCAUGAUGCUCUGGGCCUGCGACAGACUUCCUGCCAACUACUUAGCCCAAGAAGACUAUGCAGCCCACUUUUUGCUGGGCCUCAUUGAUGACCUGCAGCACUGUCUGGUCAACAAGAUGUGCCCCAAUUAUUUCAUCCCACAGUGCAACAUGCUGGAGCACCUGUCAGAAGAGACGGUGAUGCUCCACGCGCGGAAGCUCUCCUCGGUCCGCUCAGACCCGGCGGAGCACUUGCGCACAGCCAUCGAGCACGUCAAGGCAGCCAACCGGCUGACGCUGGAGCUCCAGAGGCGAGGCAGCACCACCAGCAUCCCCUCCCCGCAGUCCGACGGAGGGGACCCCAACCAGCCCGAUGACCGCUUGGCCAAAAAACUGCAGCAGCUCGUGACUGAGAACCCGGGGAAGUCCAUCUCUGUCUUUAUUAACCCUGAUGAUGUGACAAGGCCCCAUUUCAGAAUUGAUGAUAAAUUUUUCUGAGCGAUUUUUGCUGCCCCCACCCCCUUUUUUUUUUUCCUGGUUCUAAAGCUCUCAUAAUAUGUAGUGUGGUUUGUGAUGCUGUCUUUCCGUUUUUUACAUAUCCAGCCUAGAUUGGAUCUGUUAAGAACACAUUUUUUAAGUUUCCUGGUUCUGCAGGAUGGUGCAGGCGCUGAAACAGUAUAUUACUAUUUCAUAUUCUGCCUCUGAUUUUGUUGUUGACUUUUUAUAGUUAUUGUCACCUUGUUUGUUUUGGUGUUUGGUUUUUUUGUUUUUUUUUUUUUAAGGAGAACUUGAGCCAUACAUAGAUGAAAAUGCCCAUGAAUUCUCUUGCUUUUUUCUGUUUCAUGCUUUGUGUGAAUUUGUUAAUGGGAGUGGGAAAUGAAACUCUUUCUGAUGCUUCAGGAUUCUCUUAUUUUCUGUUUUGUUUUUCUGUCUUUAUUUUUUUAAUGAGCGUUCAUCACUACAGGUGUUUGAAAGUCAUUUGAACCUGGGAACUACCUGGUACGUUAGCUGGAUUUAUUUGUGAUGACUAGUGGCCAGGGUAGUUCCCCAACUCUUGGCCAAACAAUGUAGACUUUGAAAGUGAUAAUGCUACAAAUUGUGUUUGGAGCAACUUCAUUGAAUGUAAUUGUCCUCAAAUCAGAACUUUGGAUGGUUUGGAGGGUGUCUUUGACAACUUUCCAAAUAGAAUUAAGGUUUCUAAAUGGUAGUUUUAGUGUAUGUAAUUAUUCGAAGCCUUAUUUAAAUCCUAUUAAAGAACAUACCAUUAUAAUUGUUAUUUGCACUAAUGAAAUCUUUGCCAUUGUCAGAGUUCCCAUGCGUAUGUUUGAGUAUAAAUCGACAUCUCCUGUUGGAAAUGCUAUCAUUUCUUCAUUCUGCCCAUUUCUCUUAAUCAAUAGAAUGAUUGUUUCCAUUUGUUUAGUUCUCCUUUAAUUAUGGGGUCCUGUUUGACCCUUGUUGAUAUUCCUGGUUCCUAUCCUACUGAGAGAAGUUUUUAAAGUUUUAUACCUGCUAAGUGACUUUAUCUGAAGCUGGGGAAAAUAUAUGCUUGAUAAAGGAGUGUCUUUGUACAUGCAGUUGACCCUUGAACAACUCAGGUUUGAAUUGUGUGGGUUCACUUACACGUGGAUUUUUUUCACUAACUGCAUACUACAGCACUAUACAAUCCAUAGCUGGUUGAAUAUGUGGAUUUGGAACUGUGGAUAGAGAGCUAAUUGUACAGUUUUAUAUGGAUUUUCAACCUCACAGGGGUCGGUACCCCCAACCCGCAUAUUGUUCAAGGGUCAACUGUAUAUCUUUUGAAGCUAUAGAGGUAAGCUUUUUUUGUUGCAAAGUCUCUUUGCUUCUACUGAGAGUUUUGGAACACUGGAAGGAAAAAUUAAUAAUGAUCCCCAAAUAGAAGAUACCAAGCCUGUUCAAAAGCAGGUUUUGAUACAGAGCAGGAACCAAGAAAUAAUUGUGGGUGGCAGCCUUGGUGUAGAGAUGUCUUGUCUUCAUGAAUGGCAUUACCUGCCAGGUUUAGGUGCUACAAGGCAUUGGCUCCUGGCUUUGAUACAGACUUAUGGCAAACUGUAGUAUUUGGGAGGAGGGGGCCUGCUGAUCUCUCAAAAGAUGAUCAUGAUGUCUACUAUUGGAAGGGUCAAGCAACAUUUUGAUUUUGAUCUUGAAUGUCCAGUCUCAUGGGUUGGAUUUUGGCCCCCUGAAAUCAGGCAUAUGUGGUUUUGGUUUUUGCAUGGGGAUUACUGUAAUGCUUAUUAAUGAAAAUGAAAUCAUUCAACCAUCUGAAGUCAAACACGAAAAUAAUAAUAAUAAAAGAAACAUACUGGCCUUGGAA